AGUUUAGCUGUGAACCAGGGUUUGUCGUUGUUGUAACUCACCCUGGUGCAUGAUGGUACACAGCUGUCCUCACAGAAGCUGAUGUAACCCUAACCCUUAUCAACUGUUUCUCAUUACACUGUCCAUCCUGUUCACCCUCCAACAAAGCAACCUCUCUGACUGUUCAACAAGAAAGCUGUUAGCACACAUCCUUAAAUCUUCAGUCCAGGGUCCGAAUGUUACUCCCCUUCAGGUCCCCCUCUUCCAAAGGCAUUCCUAUCUCAACAGAAUACGUCGAAGAGCAUCUAUGAAUCAGAACAUACAUCAGGGUUUUUCUUUAUUUCGUUUCUCUUUAGAGAUAGGAUGCAGCUACAUAAACUUCACUCCCGCAGUAGAGCUUGAUUUCCCUGAUUGUCAACGUGAGCUUCAGUGCAUACCUUUCCAGUCAUAAGUUUACAUGCACAAUUAUGGGCAUGCAUUUUAUAUUCAUAUGGGGAUUUAAAUGAUUGCUGCUCAUUUUUUAUGAUGGGCUGAUUAUAAAUUACAGAACUGCAAUAUUUUUAAAUAGAAAAUGUGGAGCACAGCUAUGAAUUUAUUGUGGAUUGUUUUUAAGAUCCACAACACUUAAAAGGUGGAGCAAAGCCCACCUUUCUAAACGGUGUUCAAGAAACACCUUUGCAAUGCCAGGACUACUUCAUCCUGACUAAAGCCAGAUCAAAAUUUUUUAUUUCUCUUCUGAGCAAUGUAUUCCUUAUCUAUUUAGAAGUGUUUUCACACACCAGAGUAAGUUGGCGUUUCAUGGCCCUAGACAUUUAGCCUUUUGUUUUGCUAGAUUUGAUUUCAUAGCUUUGUUUCAACUUAUUUGGACAAAUUAUAAAUUGUUGAUUUAAUACAUUUUUGCUUUUUAGAUUCCCAUCUUAAAGUGUGGAUGUACAGCCUGGACAGGUCACCAGUCCAGGACAGACAACCAUGAAAUGAAAAACUCAUCCCAAAGGGAAAUUUAGAGUAACCAAUUAACCUAACAGUCUUUUUUUUUUUUUGCAGUUACUGGUUGAUCCCCUCCAUGCAAUGGCACAUUGUUGCACCAAACUAAUACAAAAAGAGAAACCGUCUAGGCACUGAGUGCAUACUGGCAUACGUUUUCCGUAGGCCAACAAUUCUCUAUUAAAUAAGUGUUGGACUUCCAUUAGCUUUAAACCACAAUAAUCAAAAUUAACAAAAACAAAUGCUUGACAAUUUAAUGUGUAAGUAUUACUUAAAAUGCGUUUCACUUGGUGUGAAUUACUGAAAUCAAAAACACUUUUCAUUGAUUUUCCAUUCUCUUCUCUAUUGAGAUGCACCUGUACUCGGACAGUCAUUCACGUCUCAAAUGGAUACAAGUGUGAGUUUCGACGGCAAGUAAACGCAGCAAAGAGGCAGAACGCGGGACUGCGCGAGUCCCUCUCCUCCACCCCCUCCCUCCACAAGCCGAUGAAGGCGCGCGUGUUCGCGCGCACGGCGGUGGGGGGUGCUCGCUCCUUCUCCUGCUCUCUGACCCCAGUGGCAGCUCCGGCUCACUGCACUCCGGCUCCCCCUCCGACUCACCGAGGCUGCUGGCUCUCUCUCUCUCUCUCUCUCUCCUGCUGUUUGUCACUGUCUCUCGCCCUACUCUCCGGCUCGCUACCACUUGCUCUCCUCCUGGUUUGGGUUCUUUCCACAAGAGCCAGGCGAGGUCCCGCCGGGUCGAAGGUUCUUGCCCCAGCCCGCCCAGCCUGCUGCAACACCCCCAGACGGUCGCCGAGGAGUCACCGCCGCAUGGACCCGAGUCCCUUUGCUGCUGCUGCUUCUUCUGCCGCCGCUUCUUCUUCUCCUUCCUCCGCGUAGAGUGCGACCCCGACCCGACACUCUUUCUCCGGCCAGAUAUAACACCCAGAGAGGAGGGGGGGAAAAGGAAAAACCUCCAGGACGAAGACUGCAGCGUGUGUUGGUCGAGUCGGUCGGCCGGGAAGCUACUGCUGGCCCCGCCGCCGCUCCUGCUGCUGCUGGGAGAAUUCCUGGGCUUCCUGAGCGGCUCCGAAGGAUGACCGCCGCACGGCUCGCUGCUGAAUCCCGGUGAACGAACGGCGUCUCAUGUCCAAACGGCGGAAGGAUGGCUCAUGGCAAAGUGACCAUCGCGGUGGACGAGUACAGCUCCAACCCCACGCAGGCUUUCACACAUUACAACAUCAACCAGAGCCGCUUCCAACCUCCACAUGUCCACAUGGUAGACCCCAUUCCUUAUGACACUCCCAAGCCAGCGGGACACACCAGGUUCGUGUGCGUCUCGGACACGCACUCGCGCACAGACGGCAUCCAGAUGCCCUACGGCGACGUGCUCCUGCACAUGGGCGACUUCACCGAGCUCGGCCUGCCGUCCGAAGUUAAGAAGUUCAACGACUGGCUAGGUGGCCUUCCGUACGAGUUCAAGGUGGUCAUUGCCGGGAACCACGAGCUGACCUUUGAUAAGGACUUUAUGGCCGAGCUGAUCAAGCAGGAUUACUACAGAUUCCCUUCGGUCUCCAAGCUCAAGCCGGAGGACUUUGACAACGUCCAGUCGCUCCUCACAAACUGCGUCUACCUGCAGGACUCGGACGUCACCAUUAAGGGAUUCCGGAUAUAUGGGACACCAUGGACUCCAUGGUUUAACGGCUGGGGGUUCAAUCUGCCUCGGGGGCAGUCUCUGCUGGAUAAAUGGAACCUCGUCCCCGAGGGCAUCGACAUCCUGAUGACCCAUGGACCUCCACUAGGUUUCAGAGACUGGGUUCCCAAAGAGCUGCAGCGGGUCGGCUGUGUGGAGCUACUCAACACGGUCCAGAAGAGAGUGCGACCCAAACUUCAUGCCUUUGGAGGCAUUCAUGAAGGGUACGGGAUCAUGACAGACGGAUACACGACGUUCAUCAACGCAUCGACGUGCACCGUCAGCUUCCAGCCCACCAACCCCCCCAUCGUGUUCGACCUGCCCAACCCCUCCAGCUCCUGAGACCAGACCACCGUGGACUGGGAAUGUUGCAGACCUGGAGAUACGACUUCUUUUCUAUAAAUAUUUCAAGCUCAAAAAAAAAAAAAAAAGAAAGAUCCAAGUGUUUUUUGCAAGUUUUUCCUCUUUUUUUGCUUUUCUCCAAGCUGUUGAUGAGACGAAGGAGAAAAUACUAGGGUCGGUUGGGAGGGGGGGCUGUGCUUUAAAGGAGAAUACCGGUGUUUUGUUAUUGUUUUUUUAAACUGUGCCAACAGUCCAGGUAUCUCGUCUGGAAUCACUCUGUCAUGUUUGAUUGCUCUUUGGUUUGACAAACAGCGAGAAAGUGAGAUAAGCUGUUUUUCACCGAGCAGAGGUAAGAGUUUUAUCAUCACGCUUCAUUUCUGUCAGCCACAGGAGGAAGACGAACUAAUCCUUUGAGAGAGAAAAAACGUUGCCUUCAUGCAGAACAAAUGACGUUUUUGUCCUGCCUUCUUCACAUUUUCAGGUUAUUUGUAAAACCAGCAGAACGUUUGAGUCUGUCCCUCACCGGUAUUCUCCUUUUCUUUGAGAUUUUGUGGUUAAACAAUCUUGCUCUUGAUAAAUAUUGGUCAGAACUGUAAAAUAAAUGAUGCUUUGUGAAUUUGUACAAGUUCUUUACAUUUGGUUUGGCCAAACAAUGGAUGCCAUUGUUUUACGUUGUCAUAUGGUUAAUAUUUAGUUUCUUUUUGCUUUAUGGUCAGUUCUUCUUCUCUUAUUGGCUGACAGGGACGCUGCCUUAAACUAGCUUUAAUGUUCUCAGCUAGAGCCCCAACUUUCUGCAAGCUCAGAGGAAAGUCCUUAUUUAUUACCCAUCAUCCCCACAGAAAAACACCUGACGAUGGCAGGGAGGGAAGGCUGUCGCUUACAGCCAGAAUGAUCACUUUUUAAUCAAGGAUUUCUCAUCUAAUUUGGAAAAUGUAUAAUAACAUAUAUAUAAAUUAUAUAUUCAUCUUUUAAAUCAUCUUAACUAAAGUUGUGUUUGACAGAGAAAAAAGAAAAUGUUUUUCUGUAUCUUCAAUGCUUGCAUUACCAGACGUUUUUUUUUCAUGUUUUUGUAGAAACUGAUUUUAAUUGAGAGAGGAAAACGUGUCGGUCACAAUCCAACAGGUGUUGUUUUCCCUGCAACACACCUGCCUAAACAUGAAUACCAUGUCCUUUAAAGUGUAAAAUCUGAUAGUAUUUGUGUUUUGUUGCUUUUUUUUUUUCUAAUUUUGCACUGUGUGUAAAUGCAAUCUUGCUAGCACAAAAAAAAUGUUGCCAAUAGUUGUCUCAACUCGUUUUCAACGGCUGUAAAAUGCUCUUUCUCUCUUCCUCUCUCUCGCUUUUUCUCUGAUUGUAUCCUUCUUCAUGGAAAUGUUAGUUCUCUUUCAGUUUAUUGUGAUAUAUUUAGCUGCCUUUAUAUGCAAAUAAAAUUGCAAGAUUUUUACUUA